AUGUCCAGAAUUCAGCUCGCCUCUGGCCAUGAGAUGCCUCCAUGGGGUUCGGACUACGGAAGGUUCCCAAGCCCGCAAGUGGCUACCAACACGCGUCAGGCAAUCAAGUUCGGCUACCGAAUCUUUGACGGUGCAUACGACUACCAGAAUGAGAAAGAAGCAGGCGAGGGUAUCCACCGUGCUAUCAAGGACAGACUAGUCAAUCGUGAAGACAUCCUCGUCAUCACCAAGCCAUGGAACAGCUACCACAGCGAGGAGUAUGCGCUCCCGAUGAUGACGGCACAGAAUGAGGCAUGGGGUCUUGAUACAUUGGGCUGGCGUAUGGAGGAUGGAAAGACCACUUGGGAGCAACUUGAAGCAGCUGUGGACAAGGGCAUCGCCAAGUCCAUAGGUAUGUCGAAUUUCCAGGCUCAGUUUCUUUAUGAAGUCCAGACGUACGUAAAGCACCCAAUUUACUCGCUCCAAAUCGAACACCACUCGUAUCUUGUCCAGGAGGAACUUGUUCGCAUGGCUCAGACACACAACAUUGCCAUCACUGCAUAUUCUUCGUUUGUAAAGAGCAUCGCGAGCAAGCACAACAAGACCCCAGCGCAGGUGCUCCUUCGAUGGUCAACACAGCGGAACAUCGCCGUCAUGCUCAAGUCAAAAAAUCAAAGCCCCCUUGCUCAGAACCUCGAUGCUACCAGCUUCGACCUUUCGCAGGCCGAGCUAGAUUCCAUCUCAGCGCUCGAUAAGGGCCUCCGUUUCAACGACCUGGGUCACUAUCUUCCCAGCCACCCUCUUCACAUCUUUGCGCAAGCAUUCUCAAACAUUGAGCCAUUACCAAAUAUGCUUUUCGUGAAGCUGUAGAUGAAUUUGGGUAUCUCAUGCGUUGCGUUCGAGUAAUGAAGAAUUGCAAAGUAGGGUUUAUGAAGUUUUCAUUGGGCACAAGUUUGUUCCAGUAAGUUGUUUACGCCACGAAAAGUGAUAUAGAGUUAGCUUCUUGAGGGAUCGCAUGG